GUCACUUUUUUUUCAAUAAAACUGUCCAUUUCACGCGCUUUGAUUAAACGCUAUAUAACUAAUAAAACCGCCAAGUUCUUACAAUUAAAAUAAAUAUCGAUAUUUCGAUAUUCGAUUUUAUGAUACGGAGCCAUCUAUUGGUCAGAUAAAAUGACAUGUUCAGGUUAUGCAUGUAUCGUAUGAAGUUAUUGAUAUUGUUAAUUCAAGAAAGAGAAUGAAUAUAUUUUCAAUUCUACAACCGAUGCAGAAAGUAAUAUCACUUCAUAGAAAUCUUAAUUGUUGGACAGCAGCAAUAACAAAAAAGCAUAGAAAAUUAUAUUUAAAUACUUUUCCAGUAUAUCUUGUUUUACCAGAUGGUAGUAGUAUUAAUAUCGACUAUGAAGAACCAAGAAGAAUAAUUACUCUUCCUCUUAACCUUGAUAAUGUUUCUGAAGAAGAACGUCAAAUUAGAUUGGGGAAACGUAAAACAAUAGUUAAAACAAAGAUAAUUGAGGAAUAUCAAGAUGAUUUUGAUGAAACUCAAUUUUAUAACUAAUAUAUUACAUUAUAUCAUUUAAAAUAUUAUAAUUUCAUAUAUAGAAUAAUCAUAUAUAUAAAAUAAAUUAUUCAAUUUUUUAUGUUUUUUUUAA